CAGGACGCAUUUAAUGGUUCAGUUAGCUCGGCCUCGGUUGGUUUGACAGUUCCACGUCGGAUCAGCGCAACACGAGGCGCACACAGCCUUGCGGAGGCAAGUUGCACACUCCUGACUCAUGAGUCUCGACACCUCGUAUUUCUGGAAGCCUGAGCUGCCUGUUAGCAGAUCAGCACCGCCACAACAGUGCAUUGGAGUAAUUUCUCUCGCUGCUGAUCCAAGUCACAUAAGUCUUCACAUCAAUACAAUAAGAAUUAUAAGACCACAAUUUACGCAACCAGACCGCCAGCAAACAACCACACAGAAGUCUCCCGCGCAAAAUGUCUAUCCCGAAACCACCCAACAACGCGCAACGCCAGCGCCUCGCCGCCGAAACUCUCUCACUAACCGAGUACGUCAUCAAAGCAACAACAGGCGCCUCGCAGGCCUCCCGCGCCCACCCUCACCUCCUCCCACCUAUCAAACCCAUCUCCAACAGCGCAACCCAGAAACCCCAGCUCAGCGUCACAGGCCAGGACAGCUUCACCGCUGCGCGGGACAUCCUGCAGCGCACCGCCGGCAGAGCCAGAGUGGGUGUUCUCAAUAUGGCGAGCGAGCGGAAUCCCGGCGGAGGGUGGUUGAACGGGGCGCUGGCGCAGGAGGAGGCGCUCUGUCUGCGGAGUACCUUGGCGGCGACGCUUGACCGGAAGUACUACCCGCUGCCGGUGUAUGGGGCUGUGUGGUCGCCUGCUGUGGUGGUCUUCCGCGAUGAGGUUGCGAGUGGGUGUCGGCUGUACCGGGACGAGGAGAAGUAUCUUGUUGGGGUGGUGAGUUUGGCGGCGUUGAGGAGGCCGGCGUUGACGGCUGAUGGGAGGCAUUUUGCCAAUUCGAAUGAUGGGUUGGUUGUGAAGAACAAGAUGCGCCAGGUCUUCCGGGUUCUUGCUGAGAAUGGAAUCUCGCACUGUGUGCUUGGGGCGAUGGGCUGUGGGGCGUUCAGAAAUCCGCCGUAUGAGGUUGCCAGGAUUUACAAGGAGGUUUUGCAGGAGACGGAGUGGGAUGGAGUGUUUGAAGAGAUUGUCUUUGCGGUGCUGGAUACGAAGGGGGAAUCCAACUAUACCAUAUUCAAGAAUGUCCUGCUGCCUCAGGGUGGUAGAUGAGCAGGAACCUAUUUAUAUAACUCUUGUGUUAUGACGAACGAUUCUGGAUCGGCCAGACCGAUCCUGUAUUCAAAACAAGAG